AGGACUCCCCAUCCCCAUCCCAUCCCAUCUCUCCCCAAGCCUUCGCUCAUCAAGAGAAUGCGGAGCAGAAUGGGGGCUGGCGCUCUGUCCGGCUCCUACUGUUUGCUUUUCAUGCUCUUGAACACACUCAGCACGGCGGGAAACAAGGGCAGCCAAGAUGUUGAUGAAUGUGUCGAGGGGACAGAUAAUUGUCACAUUGAUGCGAUCUGUCAGAACACCCCAAAGUUCUACAAGUGCAUCUGCAAGUCUGGCUACACCGGAAACGGCGAACAGUGUGAAGAUAUUGAUGAGUGUAAGGACGACUACAACGGGGGCUGUGUACAUGAGUGCAUCAACAUCCCCGGAAAUUAUCGCUGCACCUGCUACGACGGUUUCAAACUCGCCCACGACGGCCACAACUGUCUUGAUGUGGAUGAAUGUGGAGACAGCAAUGGCGGCUGCCAGCAGACCUGUGUCAACAUGAUGGGGAGUUACGAAUGCCGAUGUCGGGAGGGCUUCUUCCUUAGUGACAACCAGCACACCUGCAUCCUGCGUCCUGAAGAAGGAAUGAACUGUAUGAACAAAAACCAUGGCUGUGCCCACAUCUGUCGGGAGACUCCCAAGGGAGGGAUUGCCUGUGAGUGUCGACCUGGCUUUGAGCUCACCAAGAACCAACGGGAUUGCAAGUUGACGUGUAACUAUGGAAAUGGAGGAUGUCAGCACACUUGUGACGACACCGAUCAGGGACCCAAGUGUGGUUGUCACGUGAAGUUCGCCCUUCACUCAGAUGGCAAAACGUGUGUGGAGACGUGCGCGGUGAACAACGGGGGCUGUGACAGCACGUGUCAGGACGCCGUCACGGGGGUCCGCUGUAGCUGCCCAGUGGGUUUCACACUGCAGCCGGACAGGAAGACAUGUAAAGAUAUUGAUGAAUGCCGUCUGAACAACGGAGGCUGUGACCACGUCUGCAGGAACACUGUCGGGAGCUUUGAGUGCAGCUGCAAGAAAGGUUACAAACUGCUGACCAACGAGCGGACCUGCCAAGACAUUGACGAGUGCUCCUUUGACAGAACAUGUGAUCACAUGUGUGUGAACUCCCCGGGAAGCUUCGAGUGUUUCUGCCACAAGGGCUACACAUUGUACGGCCUGACCCACUGCGGAGAUAUCGAUGAGUGCAGCAUGAAUCACGGAGGCUGUAAGUAUGGCUGUGUCAAUACUCUGGGAAACUACCAAUGCUCCUGUCCUCCUGGUGGCUACAAACUGCACUGGAACAAAAAGGACUGUGUGGAGAUGGCAAAGUGUCUCCCCGGCUCAGCUUCCCCCCGAGCGCAGCUCUCCUGUAGCCGCAGCGGCAAGAGGGAGACCUGUGCCCUCAGCUGCUCGGCCAGGGCCCACUUCCAGGCAGGCUCUGAUAACAGCUACACUGUGAGCUGUGGAGCUCCCGGCCGCAGGCCUGCUGGGCAGCAACGACAGAACACAAGCGUGCAGGGCUGUGGAGAGACUUUAGGUCCUCCAGUCAAACAGAGAGCUUCCUUUAAGAUUAAAGACGCCAAGUGUCACCUUCAUCCCCGCGUGAAGGGAAAGCAGGAGAGCGGGCGCCAGCUUAUCGCAGGUGGCCCCUUUCCCUGUACAGACAACUGCCAGGUCACCUUCGUGAACCUCAAAUGUGACUCUUCCAAGAAAGCGAAAGGACGCCGAGCUCGUAACUCCCCGGUCAAAGAGGUCACCCGCAUCACGCUGGACUUUGAAGCUGAGAUCAGGAAAGAAGAUAUAACGGGGAGCUGCAACAUUAACUGCGUGAGGCAGAAGAUGGAGAAGAAGCUGAAAUCGGCAAUAAAAACUCUGAAGAAAUCCAUCAACCAGCAGCGGUUUCACAUCCGCUUCUCCGGCAUGGAGUACGAGGUGGCCAAGAAACUGGCCAAAGCCCCCGAGAAGCAGCAAGUGUGCAACAUUGGACAGGAGCGUCUGGAGAGCCAAUGUGUCAGCUGCUCUCCAGGGUCGUACUACCAUGGGCAGCAGGAGAGGUGCGUGGCCUGCCCGGGGGGCACCUUCCAGGAGCAGGAAGGGCAGCUGUCGUGUGAUCCCUGCCCCGGAAGUGAUAGCCACGGUCCAGUUGGAGCACGCAACAUCACCGUAUGUACAGGUCAAUGCAGCCCGGGGCAGUAUUCAUUGGAUGGCUUUAAGCCCUGCAAUCUCUGUAGUCGAGGAACAUACCAGGCGGAGGCUGGCCGCACGCUGUGUUUCCGAUGCGGGGGAGGACUGAUGACAAAACAUGAAGGAGCUUCCUCCUUCCAAGACUGCGAGACUAAAGUUCAGUGCUCUCCAGGACAUUACUAUAACACCACUCUUCACCGCUGUAUCCGCUGCCCGGUUGCCACCUACCAACCAGAGUUCCGCCAGAACUACUGCAUCGCCUGUCCCGGCAACACCACCACCGACUUUGACGGGUCAACAACAGUGAAGCAGUGUAAAAAUCGUCAGUGUGGUGGGGAGCUUGGGGAAUACACGGGCUACAUGGAGUCCCCUAACUACCCCGGCAACUACCCAGCAAACGUGGAGUGUACAUGGAACAUCAACCCGCCUCCAAAGCGGAAGAUUCUGAUUGUGGUUCCUGAGAUCUUCCUGCCCAUUGAGGAUGAAUGUGGAGAUGUCCUGGUCAUGAGGAAGAACUCUUCACCCACCUCCAUCACAACCUACGAGACCUGCCAGACGUACGAGCGGCCGAUCGCAUUCACUGCCAGGUCACGCAAACUCUGGGUCAAUUUCAAAACCAACGAAGCAAACAGCGUCAAAGGCUUUCAGAUCCCCUACGUCACCUAUGAUGAGGACUAUGAGCAGCUGGUGGAAGACAUUGUGCGCGAUGGCAGGUUGUACGCAUCGGAAAAUCAUCAGGAAAUUUUGAAGGACAAGAAGCUGAUUAAAGCUCUCUUCGAGGUACUGGCACAUCCACAGAAUUACUUCAAGUACACAGCGCAGGAAUCCAAAGAAAUGCUCCCAAGAUCUUUUAUUAAACUGCUUCGCUCCAAAGUUUCUAGCUUUCUAAGUCCCUACAAAUAGCCGGAGAGGUGUAAAAUGACCGACUGAAUUUAAUUUUUUACAGCUUUGUAACCGUAAUAUUUCACUAUGCUGACUUUUUUAGUGGCUUUCUUCAAAAGGAUCCCAUUCAUACUUUGCUGUGCGUUAUUUAUAGCUCUCAGUCCGUCAUAAGAAAGACUGUUCAUUCCUUAUAUUUAUGCCUGUGCUGGUGUAUAUGACUGCUGGGAGCUCAUCCAAAGCGUGCUCUGUAUGCAACCAUACUUUGUGCACUAGGACCUUCUGUCUGCAUUGUGUAUGUGUCUAUUCCCCUCUCUGUAUAAGAAAGUGCAAUGAUUAUUUUUUCUCUCUCCUGUUGAAUAUUUGGAUGGAAAUUUUCUACAGAAAGACAACAAUAUUUAUAUCUCCAAGGAAGCCUUUUUGUCUCCACUGCAGUGUAACUCUCUCACCAAUACUACAACCAAUGAAAAUAUUACAGGAUUGCUACGUUGCGCAUUCAUUUGGGAAUUUAUUUGCACUUGAGAAUUGUAUUUGAACAUGUACAAAAGUUUGGAUUUUUGUAUUGUCGUUUUUUAAUUGAAUUGAGAUAUUCGUAGUUUGUGGGGUUUUUUUUGCUUAUUUUUUGUAAUGCUGGUUUGUGUCUCCGGACUCUUUGACAUGUAUCGACCAUUAGAACUGCGCAAUGACCAUGUGUUCGAUUAACUGUGGUAUCACUUUCCUCCAGAGAAAGCAAAUCACAAGUAUAGUUCCGCUGAUACAAAGACACGGUCGCUCAGCCUGCCUUGGCUCGGGUGGUUUAUAUAUCAAUUUUAGUACAAUUUUGCUCACUUAUUUUUAUUUUCUGCGUAUUAAAUAUAAACCAUUUUAUCCACGCAAAUAUUUGGUGACUUCCAUGGCUAGGUUAAGGUGUGCAGGUGGGUAUGAGUAUAUUCAAUACCAAACGAUCCUGAGACUGAAACCCGCGUUGUGCAGGACAAAUGAAUGCAGCCUGACCUAAACGUGUAAUUCAAGAAACGUAUUUUAUUGUGUAAAACUAGGCCGUGGCGAGCCAAAGACCACAAUGUAAACUGUUCACCGGUGGCUACUUUGUUAUGGUAGAUAAUGAAGCUGAUAGUUGGGAAGUGAGGGGACUAAAGACUAUGAGCAGUAAAAUAGAAUGAAAAGAUCGGCCAAGAUCUAAUAACACGGAGGAACGGGCUUAAUGGGCUGAAUGACCUCUUCUUGUACCUGGGUUCCUAAUCGAGGUGUCUCGUUUAAUAAUAAUGAUAUUCCUUGCAUUUGAUACAGCGCUUUUCACGUCUCCUGGACGUCCCAAAGCGCUUCACAGAAAUUGGGACAUGGUGGAAAACUGUUCAAUACAUUUCCAGGACCAUGGAGAGAGAGAGAGAGAGAGAGAGAGAGGACAUAUUGGGCUGUUAUCCCAGUCCCAUGAGUCUUGGAGACAUAUGUCUGGAUACUAACUGUUUUCCAGGAUGCAGUGAGGUAGGCAGCUCUCUUCAAAAGGCUUUGAAAGCAGCAAGUACAUUUUUUUAAAAUUCUCUUUCAUUUGCCCUGUCGCCUGCCAAUAACUGCAGUAUGAUUUGAACAUUAAUCUAAGGAAAUGAAACCAGUGAGUGUAAAAUUAGGACUAUUUAGUCCAAAGAUUUACACAAACUGUACAGCAUAGAAACAGGCCACUCGACCCAGUCCUUGCUGGUGUUUAUACUCCACACAAAUCUUCACCCAUUUCUUUAUUCCCUCCCACACCCUUCUAUUCCUCUCUCCCUCAUGUGAAGGUUUAGCUUCCUCUUGAAUGCAUCUACACUAUCUAAUUAAAUCACAAUCUCACUAGCCUCUGCAUGAAGUAGCCCCUUAUGAUAAGGAUGUAGUUGACAGGGAAGUCGCAAGACAUCACGGAAGGUCAGAGUCAACAGAAAACCAGGGGAGGAAGAACAAGGUUUUGCUCCAGAGAGACAAAGGCUGUUUCAAUUUAUUUUGAUAUUAGCUGCACUAAGACUGGAAACUAAUUCAUUUGAAGGUUAAGUUGCAUUUCCCAGCCCAAGGGAAGAGGGGAAUUAAUUUCUUUCUCCCAGAACCCAAUAGAAUGCCUUGCAGCCUUUGACAGUUUUUUGCUGCUUCAUUGCCUUGGCUGGUGGGAGACUGGAUUCUCCAGAGCUGAAAGGUUUUCAUCUUCAUUCAAAGAAGAUAACCACACAGUUUAUCAGUACAAAGCACUGGAAUAUUUCACAGUAAUUAGCUAUCAAGGACCCUCCCCUCCCACCCCUAUCUAUUAGGGGGUUGAGGACAUGUCUAAACCUUCAAGGCGGAGCGUGGGGGGCAGUGGAUUGCUCAGACUCACAUUCAAGAGGCCUUGAAAUAGCCCUCAGAGACUGAGGAAGAGAGAGGCUUUCAACAGCUCUGUUGUACUGGAUUGGAAGCCAACUCCCAGAGGAGUGCCAAGUGUUUUUACUUCAUUAUGAAAGGGGCAGCUUUCAUACUAUUAAUACUGCAUCAUUCUACAGCAGGAUCUUUAUAAGGAGAUGGAGGGGUUUCUAUAUAUUUUUUCAACUUUAGUUGAUUUGGUGAAUUUGGAUUUCACUAAGUAAGGCCUAUAUAUUUAAUCCAUAAUGUUUGCUCUAGAGUGAAUCCAGACAUGGUUUUUGAGUCGAGAAUGAAUUUUGUCUUUUAAACACUGCAGCAUAGAAGCUCAGCUUCAAGGCAUGUGUUUCAUGCCAACAACACUGAAGAGGUGUGGGAGUGCCAAUGGUCUCCCGGGGUCACUAUCCCAAUUUUUUGGUAGCAAAGUGGAUGUCAGAUGUGUCUGUUGGCAGCUCUCCAAGAGCCCGGCGGCUUGGGCUGAUGUAUUAGUGUGAAGAAUCACAAUUAUUGUGGUUCCAUUGCCCAGAGAGAUGCCUUUUUGUUUCUCUGUGGUCCUAAGAACAAAGAGGUAUUUGGUUGUGAGUUAGGCUAAUGGAUUUUGAUAACCUAAAUGAAAUGGCCAUUUAGCUAUGAACUGAAUUAAGUGUAGUUAAUAUUGACUUUAACUAGGAACUAACCAGUGUACGCCAACAAAAAUGUCAUUGUUCAUGGGGGACAUAAGUAAGGCAAGAUAUUACCUCCUCGCUAAGCGUCAAAGUACCAACUUCACAGAGAAAUCCUUUGCAUUGCUGGGAUCUAAUUUUAGAAUAGAUAGGAGUGAUUCUCAGAGUUGGCAGUUUUCUGCUUCUGUUUAGCUAAUAAGCAGCAGCUCAUCAGCCAAGCUUUGUGAGUGAAUGCAAGUCCAUUCAGCAACAGUAGGAGGAGAGACUAGGCAGAAAGUCUUGAGAAUUGAAAGCUGUGAGAUGGAGGGGACAAACAAAGCACUUGCGGAUUGUUUUAAAGCGCUGUUCAGUUAAAGAACACAGUUGUUUAAAAAGAACAAAAGGACUGAGCUGUUUAAGUGGCCAAAUUGCCUGUUAAGUACUUUCAAUUUCAUAUUGUAAUAUAUUUUGCCAAUAGCUUUGUUAAUUUUUUUUAUGCUUUUAUGUAAAUAAAUUUGGUAUCUUAGUCUGUCAA